AUGAUUUUGCCUCGUCUUGUUCUUUAUACUACUAAUAUUUUUAUGAUGUUCUCAACAAAUAUCAUGUUCAUCUCAACAAUCUUCUCGCGGCGAUAUUAUGAAGAUAAUAGUGGCCCUGGUUCUUGUUCUAGUGGACAGGCAUGGACUGCUCCUGGAUGGGCAGCACAGCCUGCUCCUGGAUGGUCGCCGGAUUAUAGUGGUCGACGCCGACGGGGAGCAGCAGGGUGGUCUUGGUCGGGUAAGGUAUUAGGGAUUUUUUGUGUUGUG